AUGUUGGUGUUACCACUGUUGCUUAUUACCCUGAGAUUUGCCCAGGGCAAAGUAAAAGAAGGUCCUUUGGUGCAAACCAACCAGGGUCCCAUACGAGGUCUGCAGGCAGAGGAUGGUGACUAUUCCAUGUUCAUGGGCAUACCGUUUGGAAAAAUUCAAGAGGAUAAUCCGUUUGGAACUGCUCUCCCGUACCCGAAAUUCGAACAGGUCUUCAAAGCGUACAACGACUCCGCAAUUUGUCCUCAAAGAGAGGAAUUUAAUAGUACGAUUACAGGAUCACUCGAUUGCCUUCAUUUACAUAUUUAUGCGCCUAAUAAAGCUUCUAUAAACAAAGUUCCUGUUUUAGCCUGGAUAUACGGUGGUGGUUUUAGUGUUGGAUUCGCUGGCAGAUUCGUUUACGGGCCUAAGUUUUUAGUCAGUCACGACAUUAUUUUGGUCUCCAUAAAUUACAGACUCGGUCCUUAUGGUUUCAUGUGUCUCGAUACGCCCGAAGUUCCAGGAAACCAGGGAUUAAAAGAUCAAUUAUUGGCAUUACGAUGGAUCAAGGACAAUAUAGCUGCAUUUGGAGGUGAUGUCGACAAAAUAACUAUUAUGGGAGAAAGCGCCGGCAGUGUUUCAGUAGAAUUACACCUUAUGUCAGAACAGGAGAAAUUGUUUAAUCAAAUUAUCAUGCAAAGCACCUCUGCACUGAGUCCAUUAGCUGAACCGUUUUCUGAUAAAAAGGCACCUCUGAAAAUAGCUCAUAAAUUGGGCUAUAAAACGGAAGAUUUAUCAGACGCUUUGAAAUUUCUAGGCAAAACGGAAGCUAAACUGGUUAUUGCAGCCUCUAUAGAUUUAUCGUUGGUAUUUGUUACGUGUGUAGAAAAGGCAUUUGAUGGCGUAGAGAGCAUAAUACCUGUACAUCCGUUACUCGCCGAUGUACCAAAAGCUAAAAACACGAAAGUUUUAGCAGGUUUUAAUAACAAGGAGCAGUUGGUUCAAGCCGCGUUAAGACCAGCGGAUGCCUUUAAAAAUUUAAAUGCCUUUAGAAUUUUAGCAAUGGGUUUUAAUGUGGACGAAGAUUUUCAGGAAAUGGAAGAUACUGUUCGCCGCUUUUACAUAGGUGAUGAAGAAAUGACAGAAUCAUUACGAUGGAAUCUAAUGGAAUUUGAAUCAGAUUGGCUCUUCAAUUUUCCUAUCCAAUGGUCUGUAGCGAACUAUCUCGAGAAGGGAGCUCAAGAGGUAUACCAAUACAUGUUCUCCUACAGCGGGGGAAGGAAUUUCUUUAAAAACAGAAACAACGUCACUGAAGAGGGCGCAUCGCACGCUGAUGAACUUGGUUAUCUAUUCGAUUUGUCGUUUUAUUCGACGCAAUCUGCUGAAGACCAGAGAAUGAUUGAUCAGAUCACCACACUAUGGGCAAACUUCGUUAAAUACGGGUAA